AAUUUUUCUUUGAUUUGUUAAAAACCAGGGUGUCGGGAGAUACAUAUUACUCAACGCACGGAGAGGGGGGAAAUUUUUAGGAAAGUUACUUUCCUUGUCUAAUCAUCUAUUAUAUGUGGUAAAGGAAUAGUAAGGCUGUGCAAACAAUACUUGCAUAACACAGGGAAAUCCUUGUAUAAUAUUUUUCUAGAAGCAAUUGUAAUCCUCGAUAUGAAAAAGUGCGGGAAAUGUCAAAAGUCCGGAGAGUUUCUUAGCUGCUCCAGGUGCGGGUUAGAGCACUACUGCUCUCAGAACUGCCAGAAAGAGCAUUGGAAGGAACAUAAGACAAGCUGCAGACCAGUUCUACAAGUUCAGAUUGAGAAUAAGGGAUACGGAUUGGUAGCAACAAGAAAUAUAAAGGAGGGAGAAUUGAUAUUGUCUGAGAUGCCUGUAUUGAUAUUAAGUAAGAAUGAGAAGGAUAGAACAUCAAGAAACCUGGAGAUACAGUUUCAGAAAUUGAGUAAAAACGUCCAGAAAAAGAUUCUGAGUUUACAUGAUGAGAAUAGAGAAGGAGAAGAGGAAAGAAAACUAGCGCGUAUUUUCUUCAGCAAUGCAAUAGAUGUUAAUAGUGAGAAAUCUGCUGCUCUUUAUCUUACUAUUCCUAGAAUUAACCACUCCUGUUCACCGAACGUGGUAUGGGGAUACGGUCCUAAUAGCCCGCUUUCUAAGGAGGUUCGAGCUUUAAAAGAAAUCAAGAAAGGUUCUGAACUUGAAGCAAACUAUAUAGAUUCAUGGGAGGCUUCGUUUAGAGAUCAUUCCAGGAGGCAGGAUCUUCUCCAACGCUGGAGUUUUACAUGCAGUUGUAAAAUAUGCAGUUUACCAAACCAGCUUUUAGAAGAAGAUGAUAAAUACAGGAAAAUGAUAAUGAUUCAGCACUCAUUAGUUCCUAAAUACAUGGAAAGGUGGAAUGUAAGAAAAGCUUUAGAAGCGGCUAAAACAAAGCUCAAUCUUUCUCUGCAGAUCAAAGACGACAUUUUAACAUCUCUUCCUUCAACAUAUCUCGAGGUUUAUGAAAUGAUUAGGAUAGCUGAGGUUCUAGGUGAGAAGGUUGAACCUGGUUCUCCAUACCUAGAAAAAGCACGGAAACUAUCAACAAGGUUCGGAUUCUCUUUUCUCCAGUCCUUCAACUCUAAGGGAUAUAUAUAACCUUUAAUAGUAUUU